GCCUAUCCACAACCACAAUCUAUAAAAUCCAAGUAAAACCAGCCCACAUCUCAUCUCGACACAGAGAGAGAGAGACAGUCAGAAGUGAGAAGACAACAACGAUGACUACCUUCACUACUCUAUCUCCAUCCUCUACUUUCAUGAUCUCCCCCUUCAUCAAAACCUUAAAAAACCCAACAAAAACACUUCCACACUUCAAAAGAAGCAGUUAUCUCACACUCUCUGCCACUCUCAGCACCCCCACCACCACCACCACCACCUCUCUUCAAAAACCAGUCUCUGACUCAGUCCAGACCUUCUGGAAAUGGCUAAAAGACGAAGGAGUAGUGUCUUCAAAGACUCCAGUGAAGCCUGCUGUAGUUCCUGAAGGUCUGGGACUCGUUGCCCAGAAAGACUUGGCUAGAAACGAGGUCGUUCUGGAGGUCCCCAAGAGGCUUUGGAUAAACCCAGAUGCUGUGGCUGCCUCGGAGAUUGGAAGUGUGUGUAGUGGGUUGAAGCCUUGGUUGUCUGUGGCUCUGUUUUUGAUCAGAGAGAAGAAGAAAAACGACACGUCGUCGUGGCGGUAUUACCUUGACGUUCUUCCUGAGUACACCAAUUCUACUAUAUUCUGGUCAGAAGAAGAGCUGGCUGAACUUCAAGGAACCCAACUUUUGAGCACGACAUUGAGUGUGAAAGAUUAUGUGCAAAAUGAAUUUCUAAAAGUGGAAGAAGAAAUCAUAGCCCCUAACAAGCAGCUUUUUCCUUCUCCUAUAACACUGGAUGACUUCUUUUGGGCAUUUGGUAUACUCAGAUCAAGGGCAUUUUCACGCUUACGUGGUCAAAACCUUGUUUUGAUUCCCCUUGCAGACUUGAUAAACCACAGCUCCAGCAUAACCACAGAAGAUCAUGCAUGGGAAAUUAAAGGAGCGGCAGGUCUCUUCUCUUGGGAUACCUUAUUUUCUUUACGGACCCCUGUUUCUGUCAAGGCUGGUGAGCAGGUUAUGAUUCAAUAUGAUAUCAAUAAGAGCAAUGCUGACUUGGCUCUGGACUAUGGGUUCAUAGAAUCCAAAGCAGACCGCAAUGCUUUUACUCUAACACUCGAAAUAUCGGAGUCAGACCCAUUUUUUGGGGACAAGCUGGACAUUGCUGAGUCGAACGGUUUGGGUGAGACUGCAUACUUUGACAUUGUUUUGGACCGUCAAGUUCCACCAGCAAUGCUUCAAUAUCUGCGGCUGGUAGCGCUUGGGGGAACUGAUGCUUUCCUGUUGGAGUCUAUUUUCAGAAACUCUAUCUGGGGCCACCUUGACUUGCCUAUAAGCCAUGCCAAUGAAGAGCUCAUAUGCCAGGUGGUCAGAGAUGCCUGCAAAUCUGCUCUUUCAGGCUAUCACACAACCAUUGAAGAGGAUGAAAAGUUAAAAGGAGAAAAGCUUGAUCCAAGGCUAGAAAUCGCAGUUGGAAUAAGACAAGGGGAGAAGAAGGUGCUCCAGCAAAUUGAUGAGAUCUUCAAGGAUAGGGAAUCAGAAUUAAAUGAGUUGGAAUAUUAUCAAGAAAGGAGGCUCAAGGAUCUUGGUUUGUGUGGGGAGCAAGGUGAGAUCAUCUUCUGGGAACCCAAGUAAGGCCAAGUCUUCAAAUGCCACUGCUAUACUAAGAAACACACAUUUUGGAGUUCUCUGAGAAGAGAGAAAAGAAAACACCCAACAGAACCUACUGGAGUAAACUCUCUUCAAUUGUCUCAAGUAGAUGUGGGAUUGAGUAUUCCACUAAGGUUUAGUUCUGCAGCACAGUUUCUACUUGUGCUUAAAAGAGCAGCAAGAUGUACCUGGUUGAGCUACAAUUUGUCUUGAUGGUUAACUUAACGUAGCUAGUGCUCAUUCUUGUGUA